AUGAUAAUGCCGACUUCAGCAACAUCCUCCAAGGCAAAAUCAACAACAGCAAUAGCUUCAAAAGCGACCUCCAAGGCAUCAAAAUUAACAACAGCAGUUUCAAGACUAUUGCCUAAGACAUCGAAACCAACGGGAAAAAUUUCUGCCUCUACAGCUUCUGUGAUUCCAACUGCUACCGUAAAAGGUACGCUAAUGACUACAGCAAAACGUGUAUCACCAACUCCUUCUCCAGUAGCGAGUGUAGCAGAUCAAUGUUUUUGGUACUGGUGGUGCUGGUGGUGUUGGUGGUCUUCAAUGUAUCAAAUCUGUUCUUUGAAUUACUGGAGUUUUUAUUUGUGGAAUUUUUGGUAUUCAUGGUACAUGUAG